CUUUUCCCCGGCGAGAGUUCGAGGUUUUUGAAAUACUUAUAUACAUAGAUUCAUGUAUAUUUUGAAUAAUUUCACCUCGUAGAUCUUUUGUUGCAUUUUUUUUUAAGGAUAGUUGCAAAGCAUACUUUUUCUGGUACUUUUCCCACCCAAGUAUUGGUACUCUCGACCCAGGUUUUGUGGUAUGCUCGGUGCUGCUCGGAAGAAAGAGAAGAAGGAAUAGAGAAAGAGAGAGAGAAAAGAGGAUGAGAAUUGUGAGAAGGAAGACCGGUGUCAUGUGUGAUGAAGUAAUGAUGAUGAAUUUGUUCACGAAGACCGUAGAAAAUCAUUCACAUUAAUUAAGAUUUUAAACGUCGACAAACUUGAUGGUAAUACUAUCAGCGUGAUUUAGAAAUACAUACAGAGAAGAAAGGGAAAGAAGGGAGAAGAGGAGAGAUAAGGUGGAAAUAAGAAAAAGAGAUUAGGAAAGAAAAAAUCGAAGGAAAAUAAUAUUUAUUAGGAAAAAAACAACAACAAAUAAAUGAAUACAGAGAGGAAGGAAAAUAAAGAGAUAGAUGGAUAAAUCAAAUUAAGAAAUAUGUAAAACCCAAAGAAGAGAGAGAGAGAGAGAGAGAUAGAAAAAUAAAUAAGAAAAGAUUAUAGAAAAGAAACGUGUGCAGACCGACAUAAACGCUCUUUCGUCCCUUGAAGAUGUUACUGGCCAGGCUGUGGAGAACUUGGACUAGCAUCACUAUCUUCACUCUCCUUCUCAGCCAUUCCCUCACCCUCAUUGCGUCGCAGGAACUGUAUGAUGACAUGGAAGACGGAGAAGAAACAGACCCCAACGAUGAAUUCAAAAACAGUCCCAUAACCUCCACGGUGUCCGUCGCGGGGGAGGCGUCGGUGCUGCCCUGCAACAUCUCCUCUCCGCUUCGAGGCGAUUCCGUCCAGCUGGUGCUUUGGUACAGGGAUCACGUCUCCACGCCCAUUUUCAGAUCAGAGAAAGAGCUUUGUUCGCCCAUUUCAAGAUGA